GUUUUUAGUAUAUAAUAGAUAAAUAAAGCAGCCGGCCCUCCAUCGAAACGGUUCUUUUCUGCAUUUUAUCUUAGCCUAAAUCCAACUACUUUCAUUAUUUGGGAUCUUUUAGCUGUUUCAUAGGGAAAAAAUGAAAGAAGUCAAAAAAGAGACGGGUCUUGGUCUCUCUUACAAAAAGGAUGAAAAUUUUGGAGAGUGGUAUUCUGAGGUUGUCGUUAGUGGUGAAAUGAUCGAGUACUACGACAUAUCUGGCUGUUAUAUUCUACGUCCAUGGUCAAUGUCUAUCUGGGAGAUAUUGCAAGGUUUUUUCGAUGCUGAAAUUAAGAAAAUGAAGAUAAAGAACUCCUACUUUCCUCUGUUUGUGUCCCCUGCUGUUCUUCAAAAGGAAAAGGACCACAUAGAGGGAUUUGCUCCCGAGGUUGCUUGGGUUACAAAAUCUGGUGAUUCUGAUUUGGAAGUACCUAUUGCGAUUCGACCCACUAGUGAAACAGUAAUGUAUCCUUAUUUCUCUAAGUGGAUAAGGGGACAUCGUGACUUGCCCUUGAGACUCAACCAAUGGUGCAAUGUCGUGCGAUGGGAGUUUAGCAACCCCACCCCCUUCAUCAGGAGUCGUGAAUUUCUCUGGCAAGAAGGACACACUGCUUUUGCAACAAAGGAGGAAUCAGAUGCAGAGGUUCUAGAAAUCUUGGAAUUGUAUAGACGUAUAUAUGAAGAUCUUUUAGCUGUUCCAGUCAGCAAGGGAAAGAAAAGUGAGCUUGAGAAGUUCGCUGGUGGACUAUAUACAACUACAGUUGAGGCUUUUAUCCCUAAUACUGGCCGUGGUAUCCAAGGUGCAACUUCUCAUUGUUUAGGGCAGAAUUUUGCAAGAAUUUUCGAGAUAAAUUUUGAAAAUGAAAAGGGAGAGAAGGCUAUGGUCUGGCAGAACUCAUGGGGCUUUAGUACAAGAACAAUUGGUGUUAUGAUCAUGGUUCACGGGGAUGACAAAGGCCUGGUCUUACCUCCUAAAGUAGCAUCAACUCAAGUAGUUGUUAUUCCCGUCACAUACAAGGAUGCAAAUACUCAAGGGAUUUAUGAUGCUUGUGCUGCUACCGUUAGAGAGAUGAAUGAAUCAGGUAUUCGUGCUGAGGCAGACUUCAGAGAAAACUAUUCACCUGGCUGGAAAUAUUCUCAUUGGGAAAUGAAGGGGGUUCCUCUUAGGAUUGAAAUAGGACCAAAAGACCUUGCAAAUAACCAGGUACGAGCUGUUCGACGUGACAAUGGAGCCAAAACAGAUAUUCCCAUGGCCAAUCUUGCCGAACGAGUAAAAGAUAUGCUUGCCACUAUCCAACAAAAUCUAUUCGAUGUUGCCAAGCAAAAGAGAGAUGCAUGUAUUCAGAUUGUAAGAACCUGGGAUGAAUUUACGGUAGCACUGGGCCAAAAGAAAUUGAUCUUGGCUCCUUGGUGUGAUGAGGAGGACGUUGAGAAAGAUGUCAAGGCACGCACAAAGGGCGAGAUGGGUGCAGCAAAGACACUUUGCUCCCCAUUUGACCAGCCUGAGCUGCCUGAAGGUACAUUGUGCUUCGCGUCGGGUAAACCUGCUAAGAAGUGGACAUAUUGGGGCCAUAGCUAUUGAUGAUCCGUUCCAUAACUCAGGUUACCUAGUGAUUCAUAAGGACCCUUCACAGUACAAUUUGCUGUAAGAUCACUCUUUAGAAUAAAAUUCAGUUAUAUAUACAUCUUCAUCCUGACGAUUAUAACUUUUAUGAAUUUCAUUAAAUUAUCCAGACGAUCAUUAUACUCAG